CCCGGAGUCUUUCGUCCCAUUCCAACGUACAGGGACAGCGCCAGGACCUUGGAGCCGGGUGGUUGGAUAUCUUUCCUCAUUUAAUAAAUACCUGCCAUUUGCAGGUGCGGUGGGUACGGUGGGCAAAAUUUCUGUUGGGAAAUCUUAGCUGAGUCCAGACGUGCCAGUCCCCUUUUGCGCAACUGUAGUAUUUAAGAGUUCCCGGAAAGCGGUGAUGCGAAAUUUUAAAAGGAGGUGGGAAAAGCAGUAUGAGGGGAGGGGGGGUGGACCCCCUGGCAGGAUUUCCGCUAGUCCUAUGGUGGACUACAUAUCCCAGGGAGCCGAGGGCCCGGGACGCGUGUCCACUUUGACCCACUCAUCCACUAGCAGAAGACCUUACUAAGCCGGGCCGCCGCGCAGGCCAAUCCUUCGCGUCCCACCUUGGCUGGACCCUGCGACGGAUUCGUCCCCAAAAUGAUGCUCUAGUGGCAGGGGUAACACAAGUUUGUCAUUGUCCAGAGAAAGAGGAUUCUGCGGUUCUUACCCGGUUCAGCAGAACGAGUGGAGUUUUUCUCCUGGGCAUGCCAGCGCUUGGGGUGUGACAUUCUCUGGCACAGUGGAGACCCGCGCUCCGACCCCGCACAUCAAGCAACACUUCAGGGACCUGCUGCUUCUUUGGCUGCAGCUAGGACUGGCCACCGUGCCCCUACCUACCCAGGCUAGCUCCGUCCACUUAGCACGUUGGCGUUUAUCCGUGGAUCUUCUGACAGUCGGUCUUGUAAAUGUUCAGCAUUUCGCUGCUUUCCUGCCUUUUUCUGGGGACUGCGCCAGCACUUGCCCAGACCGGCGGAGAGAGGAGACUGAGCCCAGAGAAGAGCGAAAUAUGGGGGCCCGGGCUAAAAGCAGCCGUGGUCCUUCCAGCCCGCUAUUUCUACAUUCGGGCAGUGGAUACCUCAGGAGAACAGUUCACAUCUUCUCCAGGUGAAAAGGUGUUCCAGGUUAAAAUCUCAGCACCUGAUGAGCAAUUUACGAGAGUUGGCGUCCAAGUUUUAGAUCGAAAAGAUGGGUCCUUCAUAGUGAGAUACAGAAUGUAUGCAAGCUACAGAAGCCUGAAGAUAGAGGUUAAGCACCACGGUCAACAUGUGGCCAAGUCUCCUUAUGUUUUAAGAGGACCAGUUUAUCAUGAGAACUGUGACUGCCCUUUGGAAGACAGCGCAGCCUGGCUACGGGAGAUGAACUGUCCAGAAAACAUCACCCAGAUUCAAAAAGAUCUGGCACAUUUCCCUACUGUUGAUCCCGAAAAGAUUGCAGCAGAAAUCCCAAAACGAUUUGGACAGAGGCAGAGCCUGUGUCACUAUACUUUAAAGGACAAUAAGGUUUAUAUCAAGACUCACGGUGAGCAUGUCGGCUUUAGGAUUUUCAUGGAUGCCAUACUGCUUUCAUUGACUAGAAAGGUGAGAAUGCCAGAUGUGGAGUUUUUUGUCAACCUGGGGGACUGGCCUUUGGAAAAAAAGAAAUCAAAUCCCAACAUCCAGCCGAUCUUUUCUUGGUGUGGCUCCACAGACUCCAGGGAUAUCGUGAUGCCUACCUACGACCUGACUGACUCUGUCCUCGAAACCAUGGGCCGAGUCAGUCUGGACAUGAUGUCGGUACAAGCUAACACAGGGCCUCCCUGGGAAAGGAAGAACGCCACAGCUGUCUGGAGGGGCCGUGACAGCCGCAAAGAGAGACUAGAGCUGGUCAAACUUAGCAGGAAACACCCAGAGCUCAUCGACGCUGCUUUCACCAACUUCUUCUUCUUUAAGCAUGAUGAGAGCCUGUAUGGGCCCAUUGUGAAACACAUUUCAUUUUUUGAUUUCUUCAAGCACAAGUAUCAAAUAAAUAUCGACGGUACCGUGGCCGCGUACCGCUUGCCCUACCUCCUGGUCGGCGACAGCGUGGUUCUAAAGCAGGACUCUAUCUACUAUGAACAUUUUUACAGCGAGCUGCAGCCCUGGAAGCACUACAUCCCGGUCAAAAGCAACCUGAGCGACCUGCUGGAGAAGCUGAAGUGGGCAAAAGAUCAUGACGCGGAGGCAAAGAAGAUAGCAAAAGCAGGACAAGAAUUUGCGAGAAAUAAUCUAAUGGGUGAUGAUAUAUUCUGUUAUUACUUCAAACUUCUCCAGGGCUAUGCCAAUCUACAAGUGAACAAGCCCCAAAUCCGAGAGGGUAUGAAGAGGGUAGAGCCACAGUCUGAGGAUGACCUCUUCCCUUGCACGUGCCAUAGGAGAAAGACCAAAGAUGAACUCUGAUGAGCAAAAUAUCUUCUAUUCAAAUGAUGGUGCUCCAAAGACACUUCUUAACUGUAAAGAAGGUUAUUUUUAAGUAUUAAUCCAAAAACAGUGUAAAAUCUAUCAGUGACUGCGUUCUCAAAGUGUUUCUUCUUAAUGCAGUGUUCCCAUGACUGUCUUUUACAAAACAUUUUUAAAUUUUGAUAAUAAAACCACCCUUAUUUUAAGGGCCUAUUUUGUACCAAUUAUUAACUAUGAGUAGAAGAAGGAAAGUCUGGGUCCUUGAUUCCGGCCUGCUGACUGCUGGCUCUGAAUCAGACAGACCUCCAAAAAACAGAACAAAACCCACCUAAUUGUGGUGGUUCAUGCCUGUAAUUCCAACACUCCCGAGACUGAGGCAAGAGGACCGCCGUGAGUUCAAGACCAGUUUGAGCUGCAUGUCAAGCUGGCCUGGAAGACGUGUGAUUCUCUCUUAAAAUACCGACAACUCUGUCUCUUGUGAGCUGCUUCAUCUUGGAAUGACUAUUCAUUCAGUCACAGCCAAACCUCACUGUAAUAAAACAUGGUAGAACUGCCUUUAUCUGGCCUCUGCCUCAGCUGUAGUCAGGUCUGUUAACGACCAACCAACAUGAACCCUCUCACCGUCCACCCUGCCCUGGUAUUUGCAUUUCCCUUGGUGUGGAAGCAGGAUCCGUUCUUCUUUGUCCAGCUUACUUCAGAAAUGUCAGGUCCCUGUCACCAUCCUUUGCCAUGGUCGCCUAUAAACUCUCCCUUCCACCCCAGAUUUAAGCAUCUUGAGUACAGAGACCAUUCUUUUUAGGGUCUGACAGACUUCCCUGGACCUGGAAGGGGCAACAGAUUUA